AUGUAUGAAAAUGUGACAGGCAACUUUACAAGUUCAGAAAAUAUACGACUAUCAUUUACAGAAAAGCACGAUAGAAAAAUCAAUAUAUGUGAAAUAAGUUCCUAUGAUUUACCAGAUACAGAGGAAGAUGAAGAGGAGAACGUGAAUGUAUAUGGUAAUGUGAUAUCGGAUGAUGAUAUAUGUCAGUUCAAAAUUCGAAUUGAGGACCUGGCGAAUGUGAUAAUUGAAAAACGUCACAACAAAGGAUUUGAAAAGGAAUAUAUGAGCUAUCAUAAAGAAAAGGCAUACAUAGCUACACAAGGUCCAAAGAGAAGUACUGUGAGAGAUUUUUGGCAUAUGGUUUGGCAGGAGAACGUCUUCAAAAUAGUGAUGGUCACUCAACUGCAGGAAAAUAGAAAAGCAAAGGAACAACGAAAGGUUCACCAUUAUCAUUUUACUCAAUGGCCUGAUCACGGUGUUCCAGACAGUAUAAAGCUGGUGAAUUUCUAUAGGGCAGUCAAAAAUAAUACCAGUGACCAGCAUGGACCACUUUUGGUACAUUGCAGUGCUGGCAUCGGCAGAACGGGAACAUUUAUUGCUAUUGAUUCUUUAUACGAGCAUGGAAAAUCAGUUGGUUAUGUCAAUAUCUUUGAAUAUGUGAAGAUUAUGCGGAGGGACAGACUGAACAUGAUUCAAACAUUUGUAAAUGAUAACUACAGGCCAUGCCUGAUGUCUGUUGGAAAGCACAAAAACGAUUACAUAAAUGCAGUAAUAAUACCAGGAUACUCAUCACAUGGACGCUUUUUGGUAACCCAAUGUCCAUUAAAAGAAACUGUGGUUGAUUUCUGGACAAUGGUGUAUGAUCAUGACUCCAGUAUUGUUGUUUUAUUAGAUUCACCAAAUGAAGAUGCUCCGUUGUGGUUUGGAAAAAACAAAACACUGGAGUUUGAAAAUUAUAACAUAGACCUUGAUAUUGACAAUACAUCGGAAGGAGUUCAGCUUUCCCUGGUUCAUCGAGGGAAUCAACCUGAUAAAAGGUCGAUAUUUGUUUUCUCUGCAAAAAAAUUUGAAAUUGGCAGCACCUCACUACCUUCAACAACUAAUAUGAAUGUACUAUUGCAAAGAGUAAACGAGCAACGAAAACAGCGCACAGGUCCAGUGACUGUCGUAUGCAGAAAUGGUGCAACAAAAUGCGGAUUGUUUGUUGCAUUAAGUUUGCUUUUAGAGAAAAUGAAGAUAGAUGAUCAAGUCGACGUGUUUCAAGUUAUAAGAACAAUACAAACUCGGCUACCAGAAUUCUUAUCAAAUUUUGAUCAGUACGAAUAUUGCUAUAAAUGUAUCAAAGACUUUCUAGAAAGAGAUUCGGUGUAUGCUAAUCUUUAG